AUGUACGUCAACGACAUCAUCUUCAUGGCAUCCUCGGCCGAGCAGCUUGGACAGCUCACUGCUCGUCUCAGUGUCGAGUUCGCCAUGAAGGACUUGGGACCGCUCGACUACUUCCUCGGCAUUGAGGUCACUGGGCGCCCCGACGGUUUUUUCCUUCAUCAGGACAAGUACGCCCAUGAGCUUCUUGAGCGUGCCAGCAUGCUUAAUUGCAAGCCCGUUGCCACCCCUGUUGAUACGAAGGCAGAACUCUCCGCGCUUGAUGGCUCCCCAGCACCUGACGACCCAUUCUAUCGGUCUAUCGUCGGCGCCCUGCAGUACUUGACCCUCACCAGACCAGAUUUGCAGUAUGCAGUGCAGCAAGUGUGCUUACAUAUGCAUGCUCACCGAGACAGUCACUGGAACCUGGUGAAGCGGAUUCUGCGUUAUAUCCACGGCUCUAUGGCUCUUGGGCUCACCUUGACAGCACCGUCCUCCACCGACAUGGUCGUUUACUCUGAUGCUGACUGGGCUGGCUGUCCGGACACGCAUCUUUCCACUUCUGGCUAUUGCGUCUACCUUGGGCCAUCCCUCAUCUCCCGGUCCUCGAAACAACAGCCUACGGUCUCCUGUUCCAGUACUGAGGCAGAGUACCAGGCCCUCAUCUCCUGGUCCUCGAAACGGCAGCAUGCGGUCUCCCGUGCUAAGGCAUAG